AUGCAACUCAACCAUUGCGAACUUAUCAAUUUACAAAGUCCAUUCUAUAGGCUAUCUAAGAGAUCGAACGAAGAACAAAUGGUUUAUCUAUUACCGGGAGAAGAUGAAUACUACCGGAUAGCUACAGGAAAUUCUCUGGCAUUAAAUCAAGGGGUUCCAGAGGAACAAUUUACUCCAACUCGAUUUCAACAAGAAUUUUUAUUUUUUGCAUGGGACCAAAUUCAUUUCAGAAGUAUUUUUCCUUCCCAAUAUUUUUCCGUUGGAGUUUGCCUUAUUCCUUUUAUCGAGCAUAAUGAUGCGAAUCGUGCUUUAAUGGGUUCUAAUAUGCAGCGUCAAGCAGUUCCACUUGUUCAACCUGAGAAGUGUAUUGUCGGAACUGGAUUGGAGGGUCAAGCAGCUCUAGAUUCAGGAAGUGAAGCUAUAGCUAAGCAAGGGGGAAAAAUAAAGUAUAUUGAUGGUGAAAAUAUCACCAUAACUUCAUCUGUUGAUCGAAACAAUAUAGAAAUAGAAUUGAUUCUAUAUCAACGUUCUAAUAGCGAUACUUGUAUGCAUCAAAAACCCCGAGUUCGCCAAGGGGAGUAUGUAAAGAGGGGACAAAUUAUAGCAGACAGUGCAGCUACAGCAAGGGGAGAACUUUCUUUGGGAAAAAACAUCUUAGUGGCCUAUAUGCCAUGGGAAGGAUACAAUUUUGAAGAUGCAAUACUUAUUAGUGAACGUCUGGUAUAUCAAGACAUUUUUAAUUGUUUCCAAAUCGUAAGAUACGAAAUUGGAAUUUAUUUUACGAACCAGGGCCCUGAAGUAAUAACUAGAGAAAUACCUCAUUUAGAUGCUUACUUACUUCGUCAUCGGGACGAAAACGGCCUUGUAAUGAUAGGAUCUUGGAUGGAAACAGGUGAUGUAUUAGUAGGUAAAUUGAUACUGGAAGCAGAAGAAGACUCACUAUUAAAUACUCCAGAAGGAAAAUUAUUACAAGCUUUAUUUGAUAUUAAGGCACCUACUGGAAAAGAAAAUUGUUUUAGAGUCCCUAAAGGUGUAAAAGGUCGAGUUAUCGAUGUGAGAUGCUUUCAGGAGUUCGAGGAAGAUGAUUAUCUCGGCGAUAUUGUAGAAAAAGUUCAUGUAUAUAUUUUACAAAAACAUAAAAUACAAGUAGGCGAUAAAGUAGCUGGAAGGCAUGGUAAUAAAGGUAUUAUUUCAAAAAUUUUGCCCAGGCAUGGUCUGGAUACUUUAUACUUAGUGCCAUUAGGUGCACCACAAAGAGGGAGAGGGAGGAGUGUUGCUCGGGUUCUGGGAGAAGGAGAAGAUGCAGGGGAGGUGGAUGAGGGAGACGAUGAUGGAGAUGUAGAUGGUAUUGGUCCUAGUCUAUUUGUCUCGACCCUGUUUAUUUUUGGGGCUUUGGCAGUUGAUGUUGCUCUCGGUGGUAUAUGGAUGGCCUCAAUUGGGUUCUUUUCCUUGAUCUGGGCCAAAGUUUUUGUGCUUGGGUGA